CAACGUGAUGGAAACCCGCGUCUGGUGACGGACUUUUAUUUGUCAGGUUUGAGUGACAAAAGUAGAAAGACCGAUUAUCUAGGCGAUUAAAAAAAAUCUACACUAAACUCGUUUAUUUAUUUAUUUGGCCAUUUUGUUUACUGAAAGUUACAACCUUGACAUGAUUAUAUGAGUUAUUUUACCGAUAAAUCGAUCAGAAGCGCUGUGGAAAUGAACGGAUCCUCUCUGGCUGCAAUGCGCGCUCCCGACACAGCCGGCAGAAUUUCGUACAAUACCGGUGCUGGUAUUGUACGAAAUUCUGAAAACCCGCUCAGCCUGGUCACUGUCCUGUGGCCAGGCUGAGCGGCCACAGGACAGUGGCCGCUCAGCCUGUCCUGUGGCCGAGCGGGACAGGCUCGGCCACAGGACAAUCACAGCUCAAACAGGCUGGUCCUGGAUCCGCUCUCGGACGUCAUCAGGGUGGGGACAGGGCCUGUGAGGAACGGAGCCACUGAUUGGUCCGCCGGGGCCGGGCGCCCAAUCACAGAGCUGCAUGUUGGCACGUGGGAGCGCCGCUGGCCUAAGCAGGAAGAACCGACAGUUCGGCUUGAAGAGAAGAAAUAAACCAUAAACAAAGAAGUUCCGACCCGGUCCGAGAGAACAAAACGCGAACCGAACGUCAGCGGGAGGACCGGACCGGAGUGUGGGUUCUGGUACCGGUGAUCGUUACAGCCAGGUCCCCCCCAGCAGCCAUGAGUGGCGAGCCCGACCCGCCGGUGGCCCGGCAUGACCCGGUUCCCGACCCGCUGGUCGUGGUGAUGCAGCUGAGGGACCUGGCGGCCGACCCAAUGAACCGCAGAGCCAUCGUCCAGGACCACGGCUGCCUGCCGGGCCUCAUCCUGUUCCUGGACCACCCCAACCCUCAGGUGGUCUACUGCGCCCUGCUGGCGGUCCGGUACCUGGCUGAGUGCCGAGCCAACAGGGAGAAGCUGAAGGCAGAGCUGGGGAUGAUGCUGAGCCUGCAGAACAUCGUGCAGAAGUCCACCACUCCAGGAGAGACUAAGCUGCUGGCCUCAGAGAUCUACCAGCUGCUGCAGGCGGUGGCCGGCGCUGACGAGCCGCAGGCGGCCGGCCCGGCGCGCGGCAGCGCGCGGCGCCGGGCCCAGUUCUUCCUGGGAUCCAGCAACAAGAGAGCCAAGACGGUGAUCUUGCAGAUCCACGGCCUGGACGACCCAGGUCGGCGCAGCCUGUGUGAGGAGGCACUGCUGAAGAUCCGAGGCGUCAUCAGCUUCACCUUCCAGAUGGCCGUUAAGAGAUGUGUUGUUCGGAUCCGAUCGGACCUGAAAGCCGAGGCUCUGGCGUCGGCCAUCGCUGCUACGGAGGUCAUGACGGCUCAGCAGGUGGUGAAGGACGAGAACGGAGACGAGGUUCUGGUCCAUUUCCUGGAGGCUGGUUCUUUAUCGGUGGAGCAGAACCUGGACCUGCCGGAGUAUCUUCCGGAGGAGGAGAGUCCGUCUCAAGACCCGGACAAGGCGAUCAGCCGGGUCGGGUCAGGCCAGGACGGGUCCAGCUGGUUCGGCGCUGCCGCCAACUUCUUGUCUCGGUCUUUCUACUGGUGACCCAUCAGAACCAGAACCGGCUGCUGGAUCAGAACCAGAGUGUCUUAUUGAGUGGGACAAACGGGUCAGAACAGAAAUCAAGAAGUUUACAAUUUAUUGUCCAAAUGGACCGAACUGCAGAACUGCAGAUUUAACCGGUUCUAAUCAGGAACAAUGACACCAGAACCGGAUCAGAACAACCCUUACCCUAACCCAAAUGUUCUGAUUCGGGUUUUCCCACAGCAGGUCUCCAGAACGUCGUCAUGUUUACACUUUACCUGAUUGGAUUCCUGGAAAACAGAACCAACCAGAACCGACUGGUCCCAGUAAGCUCAGAACUGUCUGACCCGACUGGUAACAAGUCGUAAAGCUGGGAACCAGUUAGGGAAUCACCAGACGAUCCAGUUCAGCCGAAUGUUUUCCUCAGGAAAACCUCCGAUGUUCCCAGAGUUCCCAGGAUCCAACAGAACAAAGACCCGGGUCAUUUCCUCCUGAUGGAUCUCUGAUCUCCAGCAUUCCUGCAGGUUCCUGCUGAGCUGCGUACCUCACCAGGUGUGCAGUGGUAGCCCCGCCUCCUCCUGGCUCUGUCCAAUCACAGGGCUUCAAUCAUACAGAACCGGGCUUGGACCACUCCGGUCAGGGUUUGCUUCUGGGUUUCCAUGGAAACCAGCAGGACCACACUGGAAUCCGUCCAUAGAAUCCCAGUUUGGUUCUGACCGAACCAUCAGAACCAACUGCUGGAACCGGGCCGUGUGACCCGGUCCGCUUCAGAACCACUGGACCAAUUCUCAACCGACCGUAUCCGUUUCUGAACCGGUUUCUAUCAUUCUGACUGUUCAUCUUCAUCAUCUUCCUCUUCCUCAGUGUGAAUAAAAUGCUUCUGUCUGAAAC